AUGCUACGAAAUUACCUUGAUCUACCAGAAAUCCUUAGUCAAGUGUAUUUGAACCAGUACACAAUUUUGUUGGUGCUUGUGGUUGUCAAGUUAAUAUUAUUAAAAGAGUCGCUUAUUGACGCCAUAUCGAAACAGAUAAUAAAUGACGCAACAUGCAAUGACGAUAAUUUACAACACAUCCUAAACGGAGUCCACGAUGCUAUUUUGAAGAAUAUUGACAAGUUGCAAUAUUCAGGAAUUGUAUUUGUUGUAUUGAUUUUAAAAACAAUUAGGGAACUCACAUCUUUCUUUAUUGAUUUGCUUUUAGGUACAUAUGUGUGUUUGCUCACCGCUGUGGUGGUGGGUACUACAGAGUUUGCAUUUGAUGCAAGCGAGUCUAUUAUUCAAGCAGUUAACGUCACCGUUGUGGCAGCAGCAGACGAGAUUGAAGAUGGUCUCCGUGGUCUAUCGAAUUUUAUCAAUGAUCUUGUCACUGGGUUUAAUGCAAUAAGGACUUUUUUCACUGGAAGUGCUUCUACAUCCGAUGCUGAUUUAUACAGAGACAGAAUAAAUCUUUCCUUGGGCAAUUUAAAGGACAAAAUAUCAAUUCCGAGUACAGUUUUAAUGGAUAUUCAAAAUGCACGGAACUUUAGCAUGAAUGAGUUGGAAAACUUAAAUAAUGAAACACAAUCACUAGUUAAUUCUCCAUUCAAUUUGGUCAUUAACAAACUCGAUGCAAUAAAGUUGGAAAUCAACCGGUAUGACAAUUCUUCAUUGCAACCAAUUCAGAUUAGAGAUGCAUGUUUGCAAACUGUAAAUAGAGUUCAGGAUUCGCAAACUGUGUUGAUCAAAGUGGUGGAAAAUGUUAGCAAGUGGUUCUUAAUAGUAUUGGCAAUAAUUAUUGCAUGUUCAUUGGCUUAUGCAUUCUAUAUUGAGCUCCGCAGGUGGAAACGUUUAUCUGAAUUUAUUAAUGAAGGUGACGUGGCUGAUAGUGAAGUCGGUUAUAGAAACGAACAUAAUAUCUAUGAUAAUGCCCUUUUGUACACCAUGAUCAAAAGGUUUGGCAUUAGCGUAAAUGAACGUGUUAUAUGGGUCAUCAGUUAUAUGUCUAGCAAGAUGGCUGGUAUUGUGUUUGCUUUUGGAAUUAUUGGAAUCAUAUCGGCUGUUUUGCAGUUGUUAAUGAUUUAUUUUGUACAACAAGCAGUCGAUGACGAGAUCUCAACCAUGAACAACUCAAAUGAAAACUUUGAAAUGGCAUCGAGCUAUAUCAGAUCGAUGAACAACUACAUAAAUACCACACAAAGCAGUAUAAAUGAUGAACUUUUUGGUGACAUUAUAGAUACCUCAACAAAAGUCAACAACACAAUAGCAGAAUUCGUGGACAAUCUUGAUUCUGCCGUUCAUUCCAUCUUUGGUGAGUCCAUCAUUGCCAGUGCUGUUAAUACAGUUGUGUAUUGCACAAUUGGACGAAAAUUAGAAAAGAUAGAAGCAGGUUGUAAUUGGCUAGCUGAAAAUGUCAAGAUUGAUAUUCCAGAGGUCCCUUCAGAGAUUCUGAGAGAAUUACAAAAUAUUUCAUUUUUGCAACCACAGAACUUGAUGGAGAAUUUCAAACCAAUUUUGGAUUUGUAUCGAAAUUCGGUGCAUUUGGAACUUUUAAUUAGUUUGAUUUUCCUUGCUGUUUGGGCACUUCAGUUAAUUAUUGGGUUGAUGAUUUUGCUGGCUCGGCAAGGCAUCAAUGCGAGUGGUGCUGGUGGUGCUGGUGGUGCCGGUGGUACAGGUGAUGCUGAAGGUUGUGAUAAUUAUACUGAUAAUAAAGUCAUACUAAUGCGACGAGUAACACCACUGCAGAUUGGAAGUCCGCAUUCAUUGACAGAAAAGGAACGCCAGUUAUACCAAUUCCCAAUUUCAAAGCCGAGGUUUGAUAGAAGUUCAGAUACUUUGUCUUCUUUUUACCCACCGACUUCUACCCCUGGCAGAAUAGAGUAUCCACUUCACAUAUAA